GACGCCGCUGACGUAUAACGUGACCCGGCUCGUGGGAGGCGCAGGUUUGACCUAGAGCAGCAACCGGAGGAGAACAUGGCAGCAGCAGGAAGGCUCUCCUUGAAGGUUCGCUCCUUCAGCACCAGUGCGGUCCGACCAGUUUCCAAGCUGAUCAAGCCCCCAAUCCAGAUCUUUGGCUUGGAGGGCCGCUAUGCUACGGCUCUCUACUCUGCUGCUUCCAAGGAGAAGAAGUUGGAACAGGUGGAGAAGGAGAUGACCAGGGUAUCGGUCGUUAUUAAAGACCCCAAAGUGUCUGGGAUCAUCAUCAACCCCCACAUCAAGCGUGUCUUGAAGCAAAAGGCUUUCACCGAUAUUUUGGCAAAGGAGAAGUUUUCCUCCGUAACGCUCAACUUUAUCAAUUUGCUUGCUGAGAAUGGACGCCUGCGUCAGACGCCAGACAUCAUUGCUUCCUUCGAAAAGAUGAUGAGCGCACAUCGAGGGGAGGUGCUGUGCUCGGUCACCACUGCGUCGCCUUUGGAUGAGGCGAACUUGGCUGAAUUAAAAACAGCCCUCAAUGGAUUCCUUGCAAAAGGAGAAGUCUUGAAGUUGGAGACCAAGACCGACUCCUCUAUCCUGGGUGGAAUGAUCGUCUGUGUUGGGGACAAAUACAUUGACAUGUCCACAAAAGCCAAGAUCCAGAAGUUGACCAACAUCAUGAAAAAUACUGCUUGAGGGGCAUUCGUUCUCAUGUACUGCGGUCACCGUACGGUGCAGACAAUAAAACCUUCUCCUGGA